GAGAAUGCAGACCUGCGAUCUAUCAGCCAUUGGAGGAAAGGGGAGAUCCUGGGGUCCCAGCGGGCCCGGGGAGGGCAGAGCUCUCAGUACUGGAAGCAGGAGCCCUCUGAGCUGAGAUCCAGCUGUGGUUACUCUGCCUUCCUUUAGAGCUGGGAUGGAUCUGCCUCCCGGAAGCCAGCUCUGUGCAGGCAGGUCCCAGGAGUUGGUGACCUUCAAGGAUGUGGCUGUGGACUUCACCCGGGAGGAGUGGGACCUCUUGGACCCCCCUCAGAAGGAGCUGUACAAGGAGGUCAUGCUGGAGAAUGCCCAGAACCUGCUCUCUGUGGGACUCCCAGUUCCUAGAGAAGCUUUGGUCUCCCAGUUUGAGCAAGGGGAAGCACCAUGGAUGCGUGAGGGAAAAGACCACAGAACCUCCUGCCCAGAGGAAGACAACAGGCUUGACAUGAAGGAGACUUCUGCAAAGCUAAACAUUUCUAUGGAAGAAUCACAAGAGCAAAGAUUAAUGAAUGGAAGUUACCAUGACCUGAAUGUGAGAGGAAUCUAUGGCCUAAUUAGACCUCAGAAAAGUCAUACAGGAAAAGUCCUGUAUAUCUAUAAUGAAGAUGAAAAGACCUUCACUCAUAAUCCAGAGCUUAUUGACCACCAGAAAACCGACAGUAGAAAGAAACAUUACAGAUGUAAUGAAUGUGCUAAAGACUUUAAGCUAGAGUCAUCCUUUAUUCACCAUCAGAGAAUUCAUGCUAAAGAGAAAUCUCAUGAGUGUCAUGAAUAUGGCAAAACUUUCAAUGAGAAGUCAUGCCUUAUUGUACAUAAGAGAAGCCACACUAACGAGAAAUGUUAUACAUGCAACCAAUGUGGAAAGACUUUUAGACGGAAGUCCAGUUUGGCUAAACAUCAGAGAAUACACACUGGAGAGAAACCUUAUGAAUGUAAUCAGUGUGGAAAGACUUUUCGAUACCACUCUAGUCUUUUUAAUCAUCAGAGAAUCCACACUGGAGAGAAACCUUAUAAAUGUAAUGAGUGUGGAAAGACUUUCGGACAGAGGUCUAGUCUUGUAAAUCAUCAGAGAAUCCACACUGGAGAAAAACCUUAUGAAUGUAAUCACUGUGGAAAGGCUUUCACACAAAGCUCCAGUCUUGCUCACCAUAAGAGACUCCACACAGGAGAAAAGCCAUAUAAAUGUAAUCAAUGUGAAAAGACUUUCAGAGGGCACUCCUGUUUGGUAGUACAUCAGAGAAUCCACACUGGUGAAAAACCUUAUGAAUGUUAUCAAUGUGGAAAGAGUUUCAGACAGAGUGUCAGUCUUGCAGUACAUCAUAGAAUUCAUAUGAGAAAAACCUUGUGAAUGUAAUCAACAUAGAAAGCCUUUUAAACACAUCUCUAGUCUUGAUAAACAUCAAUGAAUCCACAAUGGAGGGAAACUUUGUGAAUAUAAUCAGUGCAGAAAAACUUUCAUAAGCACAUCCAAUCUUGAACUACAUCAGAGAAUCCACUCUGCACAGUAAUCUUUUGAUUAUAAUCAAUAUGGAAAGACUUUCAGAUGCAGCUCCAAUCUUGCUCAAUGUAAGAGAUUCCAGACUAGAGAAAAACCUUAUGAAUGUAAUCAGUGUGGUAAAAUCUUCUGGCAACAGUUGUCUCUGAUUUCCCAUGGGAAAAUUCAUACCAGAUAAAAAUCUUAUCACUAUAAUGAAUGAGGAAAGGCAUUCAAAUGGAGUAUGGAACUUGUUAGAUAUCGGAAAAUUCCUUCUGGGGAUAAGCUCAAUAUGAACCCAAUGUAGGAAGACCUUUAGUCAGAGAUUGUCUCUUAUUUUACAUCUAAAUAUUCAUAGAGGUGAGAAACUUUUGGGACAUGCCUUUUUUAAUUUAAUUUUUUAAUUUAGUAUUUUAUUUCCCCCCAAUUACACGUGAAAACAAUUUUUAAGAUUCUUUUUUAAAAAUUUUGAGUUCCAAAUUUUCUCCCUUUCUCCUUCCUCCAACCCCUGCAUUGAGAAGGUGAGAAAUUCAAUAGAGGUUAUACAUGUGUAG